UCAGUUCUACAAUGGACUUAACAUUCAAAAGAAACGUAUUUUCCUAACUUAAUCGUAUUUUUUUGGCAUGACUUUACGUGGCACUGCGAACUAGUGGUCUCUUGAACCUUGAACUUUAGUAAUAAUAAACAUUAACAGUUCGGCUAACAUAAACUCAAGAUUGCUGAGCUGGUCUUUUAACCAGCCGAACUCUUUUUUUUCUCCGUUCAUCAAGGCCUUUACCACCAAAAUAACUGGAACCUUUCAGCUUUUAAACGACGCUCAGCUGUUCACUGCUCACCUUGUUCACUGCUUUCCCUCUGGCCUCCUCCAGUGUUUUAUAUUCUGGACAGGAUUGGGUCACCACCCCUUGUCACAGUGCCAUGGCUGACAGCAGCAUAGUUACUUUAGGGAUGGGCCGCAGCUUGGUGGACUCCUCCGUAUAUGACUCCCGGAUGGCCGAGACCUCUAAGGAACAAUUUUUCAUGGGUCUCCACACAGAGGAGACAGAGGAUGUUUUGCCCAGAGUUGAGACCAGGGUGGUGUUGGUGGGGGAGGCCAGCAACUGCAUGAAACUUGAAAAAGCUCUACAGGCCAUCACAAUAAUGGAAGUCCCAGUGGUAAAGAUCAAGGAAGGCCAGCCGGGCACAGAGGCAUGCGAAAAAUUUAUCAAAUCUAUAGUCAAUAUGGAGAUAAACACCCCCUGUAUCAAGACUGACAAUGUCAGAGAUUUUGGCGAUGGAGAGAAUUGUGAGUUCGAGACUGUGUUUGUACUAAAAGACUUCCAGGCUCCAGAAUACAGCUCCCUGUACAAGAAUGACAGUCGUAUUCUGGGGCCUCCAGCGGUGAUGUACUGCGCCAGCAAGGGAGAGCCUUUGCCGUUCUGCUCCAGGCCUCUUUAUUCUAUGACCAUGCUGAACUUGUCUCUCUGCUUCACUGGAUUCCGUAAAAAGGAUGAAGUGGUAAACCUGGUCAACUUAGUCCAUCACAUGGGCGGCACUAUCCGAAAAGAUUUUGACAGUGCUAAAGUCACACACCUCAUCGCCCAUUCGACACAUGGUGAAAAAUACAGGUUGGCAGUGUGCAUGGGCACACCCAUCCUCACCCCUGAGUGGAUACGCAAGGCUUGGGAUCACCGAGAUGACAUUAAUUUCCAUGCGGGUAGUGAGGAGUUCCGCACUGAGUUUAAAGUCCCUCCGUUUCAGGACUGUGUACUGAGCUUCCUGGGUUUCUCUGAAGAGGAGAAGACCAACAUGGAGGAAAGAACACAAAAACACGGUGGGCGAUUCCAGGCAGUGGGCAAUGAAAGGUGCACACACUUGGUUGUUGAAGAGAAUUCCAUUAAGGAACUGCCCUUUACACCCUCCAAAAGAUUGUAUGUAGUGAAGCAGGAGUGGUUUUGGGGCAGUAUACAGAUGGACGCCCGUGCUGGGGAAUCUAUGUAUUCUUAUGAAAAGCCGGAGAGUCCUGCAAUGAAGAAGGCAGUGUCUCUGCUGUCUAUCACAACGCCCAACAGCGGCCGGAAACGUCGGCGUCUCAGAGAAACCUUGGCUCAGCUCACUAAGGAGACGGAGAUCUCGCCUUUCCCCCCACGAAAGAGACCCUCAGCCGAACACUCCCUUUCCAUGGGUUCUCUGCUGGACAUCUCCAAUACACCUGACACCUGCAAAUCCAGCGGAGAGCGCAAGCACAGGAGGAGCAGCGGUAGACGAAGGAGUGCAAGGGAGAGGGAGAGGAAGAAUAGGACAGACAAAGAGUGGCCACUGCAGCGCACCAGCACUCCUGUAUGCAGCCAGGGACAUCAGACAGAGAAUGUUAAACCCCCCAAAAGCUCAACUCCCGCCUUGCCCAAGCAGUCAGCACGAUGGCAGGUCUCCAAGGAGCUCUACCAAACCGAAAGUAACUACGUUGAUAUCCUGGCCACGGUCCUGCAGCUCUUCAAAUACCCGCUGGAGAAAGAGGGCCAGGUGGGUGGACCGAUCCUUGCUCAGGAAGAGAUUAAGACCAUCUUUGGCAGCAUUCCAGACAUCUAUGAUGUGCACACUAGAAUAAAGGCGGAUCUUGAGCAGUUGGUGAUGAACUGGUCUGAAGAGAGGAGUGUUGGAGACAUUAUUUUGAAAUAUUCUAAAGAGCUGGUGAAGGCGUACCCACCAUUUGUCAACUUCUUUGAGAUGAGUAAAGAGACCAUAGUGAGAUGUGAGAGACAGAAGCCGAGGUUUCACGCGUUCCUGAAGAUUAAUCAGGCUAAACCUGAGUGUGGCCGACAGACCCUCGUGGAGCUUUUGAUUCGUCCUGUACAGAGACUGCCGAGUGUUACACUCCUACUGAAUGAUAUAAAGAAACAUACAUCAGAUGACAACCCUGAUAAAGUGACACUAGAAAAGGCCAUCGAGUCUCUCAAGGAAGUGAUGACCCACAUAAAUGAGGAUAAGAGGAAAACAGAGGGACAGAAGCAGAUCUUUGAUGUCGUUUAUGAAGUAGAUGGCUGCCCUGCCAAUUUGUUGUCAUCACAUCGGAGUCUGGUCCACAGGGUGGAAACCAUCGCUCUUGGAGACAAACCCUGUGACAUGGGGGAACACGUCACACUCUUCCUCUUCAAUGACUGUUUGGAGAUUGCCAGGAAGAGACACAAGGUGAUAACCACAUUCCGGAGUCCGUUGGGUCAGACACGGCCACCCGCCCAGCUCAAACACAUUGCCCUGAUGCCUCUGUCCCAGAUCAGGAGAGUUUUAGACAUCCAGGACACAGAGGAGUGUCAGAAUGCAUUCGCCCUGGUGGUACGUCCACCUACGGAACAGCAGAACCUGUUAUUCAGCUUCCAGCUGACGGCUGAAGACACCCAGAAAUCUGCUUGGCUCAAGACACUUUGUCGUCAAGUGGCCAAUACAAUCUGCAGAGCCGAUGCGGAGGAUCUUAUUCAGAGCACUGAUCCGGACUCUGUCCAAGUGAGUACAAAGGACAUGGACAGCACGCUUAGCCGAGCAUCUAGGGCCAUCAAGAAAACGUCAAAGAAGGUCACCAGAGCAUUCUCCUUCACCAAGACACCCAAGCGUGUGCUUCAGAGGGCAUUUUUGGCCAAUGGUACCCCAGAUGAGAUGAGUCCUGGCAUAGACCCAGAUCACAUGCGACGAAUGACAAGCAGUUCCACACUGGCUGCAGUUCAUUCCCCGUCCAUGGUCAACCUGUCCUCUGUAUUUGAGAGGAAGUACCAUACCUUUAGCCGAUCCACAACUCACCUGAUCUGAACAUUGUUCAGUGUUGUUUCCUGCCCUCUUCAAUAUUGCAAUUAACUUCCUCAUAAUGGUACACGUCUGCCCCACGCCUCCACCUCUAGGUUUAAUUUACAGGUUCAGAAGAGUUCUGUGUGUCCUACCAAAUGAAGGAAGACUUGAUGUCGAUGUCUACGCACAUUUAUUUAACAGAUAAAGAGACACUAAUAACUGACAUUUUUCUAUUUGUAUUAGAGGGAUAAAAAAAAUUCACUCAAUUAUUAACCACUGGAAGUAUUUAACAUUUUAUGAGGUAGGUCCAAAUCUAAACUAAUCUAGUAUCUAGCUUUUAUAAAGCUAUAGACAUCCAUCCUUUGCAUUAGAUUGAAAAAUGCUAAGAGCUGCAAAAGCAAUGUCUGACAUAGCCUGCAUUUUGCAUACAUUUUAGAAGUGAUUUUUAUUGUUGAUUUGGGGGAAAGGUUUUCUAAAGGGCAAAAGAGGAUGGUUUUGUGCCGUUGUCAUAUUUAUUCUCCAGAAUCACCUAUAUAUAUAUAUAUAUAUUAGGCAGAAGGGUUACAGAAUUUACACACACACACAUACAUAUAUAUAUAUAUAUAUAUAUAUAUAUGUGUAAAUUCUGUAACCCUUCUCUCUGUUUGUGUAAAUAUUGUAUUGUUCCUCUUUGUGAUUGUGUCAUACUAAUAUUGUUUGUCUUGAUUUGGUUGUAUCUUUGUAAUCUCUGCACUUAUGUCAACAAACAUUUAUUCUUGUGUAAAGCAAAUGUACUUUUUUUUCUCUCUUUUUAAAAGGGAUUGAUUUAAGGUCUAAGAACUGCAGAUUUGUUUGGAGUGAGCUGGUUUUAUGAUAUUGGUUUCACUAGUUUUGAAGGUGACUUCAUUUGUUCUAUUUCAA